AGCACACUAUGGAUGUUCGCAACUCACAAGAAUUAAUUAAGUUUAAACUGUGCGGUUGAAAAUUUAUAUAGAAGAGAGAGAACCAUUAUAAACCACUAAUACUUUUUAUAGAUGGAAAUAGACUCAAUAAAAUGGAAUGGACCAAAAAACAUGCACAACAAAUUGGGAGAGAGGGAGGGGAUAUAUGCAAACAAAAUGCGUUUUGACAAACAUUUAAAUUUGGUUGAUUGAGUUUGAACACUUUCUUGUAUUACCCUAAAGUCCAUUUCUGAAUUUCUCCUCUAUUACGCUUCAUAUAUUCUAUCCCUUGAAUUUUAUGGGUCCCAAACUGAUCCUAAAGAGGCUAAAGACUUCUUUGCACCAUUGUGUGAUAGUGAAUGAUAUAUAUUUUCUGGUUCUAUGCCAAAUUGCCGAUCAUCACCAUUCAUAUAACCUUUUGUUUUUCAGUGUUAAUAUCGUAGUUAAAUUUAGAUGGUUAUAUUGGCUCCCAGGAUUUCCAUUCUAAUUCCUUACCCUUUAAUAUUUUUUUUCUUGUAAGUUUUUCUUAGACUCUGUGAAAGCCAUGCCAAAUCCAUCCAUAUUAGACUGAACAGUUUAAUAACACCGGGAGUUUGGGUUUAGGUUCAGUUCAGUCCAGGUUCAAGAGGGAUGUGCCUGUUUCUUAUCCACCGACGCAUUACCUUGUUCUCAUCCUGGACCACUUUUGACUGGAGUGGUCACCUUGCACCAGCACCCUUUCAUUAUGGUGGGGGUCUCACUUAGGGCUUAUUAGUGCUCAAGGAGGUGGUAUGCGACGUAACGGUGUUGAUGCUAGUAGAUGGAUACAAGGAACUCCUUUCCAUAAGGGUCUAUGGAGUAUGCACUCUCACACUCCAUCACAAGUGAUGCAAAAAACUGAAAAGUAUGAAGUUGGUAAGGUAACAAGCGAGGAGCAAGCAAAGCAAAGGCGAUUGAAAGCGAUUCUCAACAAGCACACUCCUCAGUACUUUGAAAAAUCAUUCGAGCACGUCAAAGAUGUCAACAUUGACCCUUAGGGCAGACCCUUGGUGUAACCCACCUUGACAGUCAGAGUCGCCCCCGAUAGUCUUCACCAUAGCCCCUAGUUCCGAUAUAGAUAUCUCUAACUACGCAAAUGUACACAAUUGGAUUCCCACCCUUUAUAUUCAAGACAGCUCCACAAAGCCUCUCUCAGUACCGCAUCGUACGUCUCUCAAGAUCAAAUCUCACCCUUCACGAUGUUUUUAAAUAAUUCCGAUCAAACAUCAUAAAUCGAAGCAUGAGUCUUAUUUCAAACAGAUGGAACAGUUUAUUAAAUAUUUUAUUUACAUGUUAUGCUUCAAAAUAAUUUUAAACAAUUUGAAACAUUUAUUUUUAAAUUUAUUAGAUUAUAGUUAUAGUUUUAUUUAUUAUAUUUUCAUCCUAUAAAAUUUCAAUUUAAUUUUACAUAUUUAAUGGAUUUUUAUUUCAAAAAUGAACUAAUUUGGGAAAAUACCUAAUCAGAAAAGAUCAUUUUUGGGGAAUUAGUAUAACUUUUAACACCGUUUUGACGCAAUUUUGAUGGCCGUUAGGAGAGGACUAAACUGAUUAUUAUUAUCAAAUUACGGGUACCAUCUCAAUAAUUUUUAGACUAGUUUGAACAUUUUUCUAACAUGAGAAGGGAGGGGGCCAGACAAGCUCUAAUUUAAUCCACUUCAUAGAAGGUUCAAGGCGGUCAGUUGCAAUUUUGCUCCCGAAAGAUGUUUUUGAACUCGAUCGCGGUCUGUUAAAUGUCAUCAAUGAACACGAUCUUGGCUCAUAGAUUCUAGUGCUUCAUUUCAUGCCACCCACAACGCUGAAGCAUUUCAAAAUUUGGUUAUUGGGGAUUUUGGAAAGGUGCAACUAGCGGACGAUGGAGCUCUUGAUGUGACGGGCAUGGAUCACAUGGUAUUGCAGACCCCAGUUGGUUUAAGACUUUGAAAGAUGUCAGAAUGGUUGCAGCCUUGAAGAAAAGUUUGAUUUCUGUCAAGUAGUUGGACGAACAAAGGCAUGAGGUGAAGUUCAAAGACAAUUAGUUGGACGAACAGGGACACAUUCAUGGUCAUCGCGGCGAAAAAAGAAUAAUUUCUUCGUGACGGCGAUUAUUCCAUUUAAUGCGAGUGACACUAGAUCCUCUGUGUGUUCCUUUUUGUCCUCAUCCUCAGAGGUUAACGAGCUGUAAUGCAUGCCACCAUAGACCGACAAAAAAAUCAACUAAUUGGUUUGAUUUACGGCGAAUAUCAUGUACGCGGAUUGUUUUUGCCGUCUUCCACAAUAUUCUUGAUCAAAUUAGAGUUGGUGAAGGAGAUCAUUGACAAGUUCAGCCCUAGCACCUCUGCGUCUCACGAAUGACUUAGCACUCACUUUCAUAAUCAUAUCCAAACAAUCGGAUAAGAGCAUGAAACCAUUUUCUAGCCGAAAACCUCCUUAACAGAAAAUUUUUUGCACCUCUUUACAGCAUUCCAAUGCCUUGACCAUUCCCAACUCUUCCUCGGGUGUUUGGAACGCCCUCGGGUGUUCGAAACACUGCCGCUACUGCUCAGUGAACAAAUGAAGCGUCACAAUUUAU